AUGGCAGCUGCACAAGGUUUUCGUAGCCUGAAGGGGGUGGUUGGCGUGGUGACAGGCGGGGCGUCAGGGCUGGGCCAGGCCACAAUCAGAAGACUGGUUAAGCAAGGGGCCUGGGCUGUCAUCGUGGACUUGCCAAAAUCAAAGGGCAAAGGGCUGGCCGAGGAGCUGGGGCCUUCCUGUGCCUUUGCCCUCCCUGCCCCCCCCCAUGUAACCUCUGAAGCAAAUAUACAGGGGGCCCCGACCUUGGCCAGGGGGAAGUUCAACCAUGUGGACCUUGCCUUUAAUUGUGCUGGCUUAGCUCUGGCCUCUAAGACUUACAACUUCAAGCAGGAUCAGGUGCACUCCCUGGAGGCCUUCCAGAAGGUGAUCCAGGUAAACCUAAUUGGCACCUUCAACAUGAUCCGCCUUGCUGCUGUGGAGAUGGGGAAGAAUGAGCCAGAUGAGGGCGGGCACCAGGGCGUUAUCAUCAACACAGCCAGUGUGGCUGCCUUUGAGGGCCAGGUUGGACAAAUUGCAUGUUCUGCAUCCAAGCGGGCCAUUGAAGUCCGUUCAAAAGAACAUCCAUACUCUAUGGCUACGAUGCAAAAGGAAAUGUCUGAUGAAAACUGUAUAAUUCUGUCCAAAGCUCAGCUGCUUUGCCUGCAGGACACCGAAGAAGCCAUACCGGAAACCGGACCUAACGGGACCAAGCUACUAUAUAUAAACUGCAGUGAAACAGCUGCAGGCAUUAACUGUGUUUUGUACCCUUGCCGGCCCCGCUGGGGCUACUGCCUCUGCAUUUCAAACUUCAGCGGCGGAAGCAAGAGCAGUCACUGGGGCACGAUUCCUCCUGGGAUUAGAAGCUAUCAACAAACCCUUCUUUAG